AGCUAGAACUACACCUCCCAGGAAGAGCCCCGGGGUGUCGAUGUUUGUUUCCGGAAGCCCCGCCCCUGAAAGGUGGGGCUUAGGGCUAGUAGAAGGCAGCCACUGUCAAUUGGUCAGGGUGCAAGAUCGACAAGUGUAGUGGCCAAUGGGAAGCAGCGACCGCCGAGCCGCCCAAGGAAGGGAAACUGAAGGCCGCCAGGUUGGUCACGGAUGGACUGCUCCCGGCAGGGGCUGGCAGCUCACCUCCGACUUUUCCCUGCCUGCCUUCCGCCUUGACUCGUGACCCUAGGCUCUUUGGAACUUCUCUGACCCGGCUAGCCACACCCCAGACUCAAACCAUGUUCCCGGUGAAGGUGAAAGUGGAGAAAUCAGAGCUGGAGAUGGCCAAGGCCCGGAACCAACUGGAUGCCGUUCUUCAGUGUCUGCUGGAGAAGAGUCACAUGGACAGGGAGCGUCUGGAUGAAGAAGCAGGGAAGACCCCCUCGGACACCCACAACAAGGACUGUUCCAUUGCAGCCACUGGCAAACGGCCUUCUGCCCGCUUCCCCCACCAGCGGAGGAAGAAGAGGAGGGAGAUGGAGGAUGGACUGGCUGAGGGAGGGCCACAGCGAUCCAACACGUAUGUGAUCAAGCUGUUUGACCGGAGCGUGGACCUGGCCCAGUUUAGCGAGAACACGCCGCUCUACCCCAUCUGCCGCGCCUGGAUGCGCAAUAGCCCUUCAGUGCGCGAGUGUGAACGCUCGCCCAGCUCACCGCUGCCCCCGCUGCCUGAGGAUGAGGAGGGGUCAGAGGUCACCAACACCAAGAAUCGUGAUGUGUACAAGCUGCCUCCUCCCUCAGCCCCUGGGCCACCUGGAGAGGCCUGCAGACCACGCAUCCCAUCCCCGCUGCAGCCUGAGAUCCAGGGUGCUGCUGCUGAUGAGCCCUCAGAGCCAGAGCCCUCUCCCUCCACACUCAUCUACCGCAACAUGCAACGCUGGAAACGCAUCCGGCAGAGGUGGAAGGAGGCGUCUCAUCGGAACCAGCUUCGUUACUCAGAAAGCAUGAAGAUUCUACGGGAAAUGUAUGAGCGACAGUGAUGUUCCCCAGCCCUCACCCCAAUAAACACUCCCCUUCUCCACA